GAGCUCAGACCUUCAAGAUGGGCGACUCUGACAGGAGUAAAUCUGCCAGAUUUAUCAUAUCUCAUGGCCCACCAGUCUUGGAACAAAAGUUUAAAGGUGAACUAAAUUUUCUCUCUCUUUUUAAAAUUCCCUUUUAAGUGAAUCAAAACAAAAACAAAUCUCUGAGCAGAAAUUAUAAGAGGAAUGUAAAAUAUUCAUCACAUUUGGUCUGACAAGACUUAAGUGACUGCUGCUGUUACAUUUGAAGAAAAGGAUGGAGCUGCUUAGCCUAAGAGCUUGGGGAGAGCAUGAGAAAGUUCCUUCUUGCUGAAGACAAAUGGCCUGCAGUGAGAUGCUGUAUUAAAAAGGUUAAUUGACCAAGAAACGGAGUCCCAGAAGAAGGAGGAGCAAGAAAAAGAGAAGAGGGUCACUGCCCUGAAAGAGGAGCUGACCAAACUGAAGUCUUUUGCUUUGAUGGUGGUGGACGAACAACAAAGGCUGACGGCACAGCUUGCCCUUCAAAGACAGAAAAUCCAAGACCUAACCACGAGUGCAAAGGAAACACAUGCUAAACUAGCCCUUGCUGAAGCCAGAGUUCAGGAAGAAGAGCAGAAGGCAACCAGACUAGAGAACGAUCUGCACACGCAGACCACAAAGUUUCACCAGAACCAAGAAACAAUUAUGGCGAAGCUCACCAAUGAGGACAGCCAAAAUCGCCAGCUUCGACAAAAGCUGGCAGCACUCAGCCGGCAAAUUGAUGAGUUAGAAGAGACAAACAGAUCUUUACGAAAAGCAGAAGAGGAGCUGCAAGAUAUAAAAGAAAAAAUUAACAAGGGAGAAUAUGGAAACUCCAGUAUCAUGGCUGAGGUGGAGGAGCUCAGGAAACGUGUGCUAGAAAUGGAAGGGAAGGAUGAAGAGCUCAUAAAAAUGGAGGAGCAGUGCAGAGAUCUCAAUAAGAGGCUGGAAAAGGAAACAUCACAGAGUAAAGACUUUAAACUCGAGGUUGAAAAACUCAAUAAAAGAAUUAUGGCUCUGGAAAAAUUAGAAGAUGCUUUCAACAAAAGCAAACAAGAAUGUUACUCUCUGAAAUGUAAUUUAGAAAAAGAAAGGAUGACCACAAAGCAGUUAUCUCAGGAACUGGAGAGUUUAAAGAUAAGGAUCAAAGAGCUAGAAGCCAUUGAAAGUCGUCUGGAGAAGACAGAAUUCACCCUAAAAGAGGACUUAACUAAACUGAAAACAUUAACUGUGAUGCUGGUAGAUGAACGGAAAACAAUGAGUGAAAAAUUAAAGCAAACUGAAGAUAAGUUACAAGCUGCUGCUUCUCAGCUUCAAGUGGAGCAAAAUAAAGUGACAACGGUUACUGAGAAGUUAAUUGAGGAAACUAAAAGGGCACUGAAGUCCAAAACUGAUGUGGAAGAAAAAAUGUACAGUGUAACGAAAGAGAGAGAUGAUCUAAAAAACAAACUGAAAGCAGAAGAAGAGAAAGGAAAUGAUCUCCUGUCCAAAGUGAACAUGUUGAAAAACAGGCUUCAAUCAUUGGAAGCAAUUGAGAAAGAUUUCCUAAAAAACAAAUUAAAUCAAGAUUCUGGUAAGUCCACAAUAGCAUUACACCAAGAGAACAAUAAGAUUAAAGAGCUCUCUCAAGAAGUGGAAAGACUGAAACUGAAGUUAAAGGAUAUGAAAUCCAUUGAGGACGACCUCAUGAAAACUGAAGAUGAGUAUGAGACUCUAGAACGAAGGUAUGCUAAUGAACGAGACAAAGCUCAAUUUUUAUCUGAAGAGCUGGAACAUGUUAAAAUGGAACUUGCCAAAUACAAGUUAGCAGAAAAGACAGACUCCAGUCAUGAACAAUGGCUUUUCAAAAGGCUUCAGGAAGAAGAAGCUAAAUCAGGUCACCUCUCAAGAGAAGUGGAUGCACUGAAAGAGAAAAUUCAUGAAUACAUGGCAACUGAAGACCUGAUAUGUCUCCUCCAGGGAGAUCAUUCAGUUCUGCAAAAGAAACUCAGUCAACAAGAAAACAGGAACAGAGAUUUAGGAAGAGAGAUCGAAAACCUCACUAAAGAGUUAGAGCGGUACCGUCAUUUCAGUAAGAGCCUCCGGCCCAGUCUCAAUGGAAGAAGAAUCUCUGACCCUCAAGUAUUUUCUAAAGAAGUUCAAACAGAAGCAGUAGACAAUGAGCCACCUGAUUACAAGAGUCUCAUUCCUCUGGAACGAGCAGUCAUCAACGGUCAGUUAUAUGAGGAGAGUGAGGACCAGAAUGAGGACCCUAAUGAUGAGGAGUCCGUGCUGUCCUUCAAAUGCAACUCAUCUACUCCCUGUCCUGUUAACAGGAAGCUAUGGAUUCCUUGGAUGAAGUCCAAGGAGGGCCAUCCUCAGAAUGGAAAAAUACAAACUAAACCCAAUGGCAACUUUGUGCAACCUGGAGAUCUAGUCCUAAGCCACACACCUGGGCAGCCACUGCAUAUAAAGGUUACUCCAGACCAUGUCCAAAACACAGCCACUCUUGAAAUCACAAGUCCGACCACAGAGAGUCCUCACUCUUACACAAGCACUGCAGUGAUACCAAACUGUGGCACCCCGAAGCAAAGGAUAACCAUCCUCCAAAAUGCCUCCAUAACUCCAGUGAAAUCAAAAACCUCUGCUGAAGGCCUUAUGAAUUUAGAGCAAGGCAUGUCCCCAAUUACCAUGGCAACCUUUGCCAGGGCACAGACCCCAGAGUCUUGUGGUUCCAUAACUCCAGAAAGGACAAUGUCACCUAUUCAGGUUUUGGCUGUUACUGGUUCAACUAGCUCCCCUGAGCAGGGACGCUCUCCAGAGCCGAUAGAAAUCAGUGCCAAGCACGCGAUUUUCAGAGUCUCCCCUGAUCGGCAGUCAUCAUGGCAGUUUCAGCGUUCAAACAGUAACAGUUCAAGUGUGAUAACUACUGAGGAUAAUAAAAUCCACAUUCACUUAGGAAGUCCUUACAUGCAAGCCGUAGCUAGCUCCGUGAGACCUGCCAGCCCUUCAGCAUCACUGCAGGAUAACCGAACUCAAAGCUUAACUAAUGGGGCACUAAACAAAACAACCAAUAAAGUCACCAGCAGUAUUACUAUCACACCAACAGCCACACCUCUUCCUCGACAAUCACAAAUUACAGUAAGUAAUAUAUAUAACUGACCACCCUCCCUUAUUUGGUUUAUACCGAUAUUAUUGCAAGGAACUCAGUCCUUUUUAAUUAUCCCUCCACAUCCCUCAAAAGACUGACUGAACUUGUACUUUGGGAAGGUUUAUGCAUGAACCGUCCAAGAGUAUCUGAAACUAACUGUUGCCUGCAUAGUCAUAUCAAGCGUGCACUUACUGUAUAUUUUUUCAUUUACAUACCUGUAUGGAAAAUAUUUAGUCUGCACUUGUAUAAAUACAUCUUUAUGUAUUUCAUUUUCCAUAACUCACAUUAAUUUGACUGCAACUUGUCUUGGUGAAAUACUUUAACAUUAUAAAGCAGUAAAUAAUUUGUUAUUUUUA